GCCGUGAAGCAGACGGCCGCCUCGGCUGGCCUGGUGGGGGGGCCCGCGCCCGCGCCCGCCGCUGCCAGGAAGGCCAAGGUUCUGCUCGUCGUCGACGAGCCGCACACCGACUGGGCCAAGUGCUUUCGGGGCAAAAAAGUCCUUGGAGAUUAUGAUAUUAAAGUGGAACAGGCAGAAUUUUCAGAGCUCAACCUGGUGGCCCAUGCAGAUGGGACCUAUGCUGUGGAUAUGCAGGUGCUCCGGAAUGGCACAAAAGUUGUCCGGUCCUUCCGGCCAGACUUUGUGCUCAUCCGGCAGCAUGCAUUCGGCAUGGCAGAGAAUGAGGACUUCCGUCACCUGAUCAUUGGCAUGCAGUACGCAGGCCUCCCCAGCAUCAACUCACUGGAAUCCAUUUACAACUUCUGUGACAAACCAUGGGUGUUUGCCCAGCUGGUCACCAUCUACAAGACACUGGGAGGAGAAAAGUUCCCACUCAUUGAGCAGACAUACUACCCCAACCACAAAGAGAUGCUAACACUGCCCACAUUCCCUGUGGUGGUGAAGAUUGGCCAUGCUCACUCGGGCAUGGGCAAGGUCAAGGUGGAAAACCACUAUGACUUCCAGGACAUUGCUAGCGUGGUGGCCCUCACCCAGACCUACGCCACAGCAGAGCCUUUCAUUGAUGCCAAGUAUGACAUCCGGGUCCAGAAGAUAGGCAACAACUACAAGGCUUACAUGAGGACGUCGAUCUCAGGGAACUGGAAGACAAACACUGGCUCUGCAAUGCUGGAGCAAAUCGCCAUGUCAGACAGGUACAAGCUAUGGGUAGAUACCUGCUCUGAAAUGUUUGGUGGCCUGGACAUCUGUGCUGUCAAGGCUGUACAUGGCAAAGAUGGGAAAGACUACAUUUUUGAGGUCAUGGACUGCAGUAUGCCACUGAUAGGGGAACACCAGGUGGAGGACAGACAACUCAUCACUGAACUAGUCAUCAGCAAGAUGAACCAGCUGCUAUCCAGGACCCCUGUCCUGUCUCCUCAGAGACCCUUAACCACCCAGCAGCCACAGAGUGGAACACUUAAGGAUCCGGACUCCAGCAAGACCCCACCUCAGCGUCCACCCCCCCAAGGUUGUUUACAGUAUAUUCUCGACUGUAAUGGCAUUGCAGUAGGGCCAAAACAAGUCCAAGCUUCUUAAAGUGAUUGGUAGUUAAUUUUUCAAAGCAGAAAUUUUAAGCCAAAAACAUUUAAGGAAAGAAAGGAAAGCGGGGAGGGGAGCAACAGACCCUCCCAUUGGUGCCGUUUCUGUGCUUUUUCAAUGCUGACUGGACUGUGUUUUUCCUAUGCAGUGUCAGCUCCUCUGUCUGGUUGUUUACCUGUUCCUGUUCGUGCUUGUAAUGCUCACUUAUGUUUCUCUGUAUAACUCGUGAUUCCAGGGCUGUUUGUCAACAGUAUACAAAAGAAUUGUGCCUCUCCCAAGUCCAGUGUGACUGUAUCUUCUGGGUGGUUUGAUAGUAUUUUUUAAAGAUUACACAAUGUGGGGUGAAACAGGAAUAGGGGCUGGACAGGGGAGAAACAAAGACCACAAAAACAAAACCCAACUCCUCUCCUGCUCCCCUCAUCCCAGGCUCAGAUUAAACCACCCCCCACCUCCUGCUUACCUCCAUGAAUGUGCUUGGGAUCUUCAAUGAACUGUGCUUUUUGCUUCCUUUCUGCAUGACUAGGGUAAAUAGAUAGAAGUUUAAGAGAUUUUCAAGGUCUAAUUUCCAUAGCUUCAUCCAUUGAAUCUGAAGUCAUCUACCUUUUUCUCCAUUUGCUAAAAUGUGGUGCAGUUUGAGUUUAUGUGAAUCGGCUGGCUGUGCCUGUAAAGUUCUUGUGUUUUUAGUGAUUACGUGAAAUACAAAGAACAAGCUAUUUGCAGGAAUGUGUUCUGUAUUUUACAUCCCAGUGUACCCUUCAUUUUUAUUAUGAACUAAUUAGCUAUGAGAUUAGACAAAAAAAAUGGGGCCGCUGAUGUGCAAUAUCAAUCAAAGUGAACUUGUAUUUUCUAUGUUGAUCUCAGUCCCCUUAAGUUGUUUCUUCUUUGUUGCUGUUUCUGAAUUGGCCAUGUGUGCGCUUCUGUAGAACUGAGGCUUCUUCACAGUCCCCAAAGCUUGACCUGUGUACAGAGAUGAUCUUUAGCAGUUUUAGAUAUAGAAUGCAGGGAGCUACUGAAAGUCUGGGAAGGAUUCAGCCAUUUUGCUCUUGGCCUCUCCUGAGGCAUCAUAACACAAGAUCAAAUCAAAAAUGUCCCAUUUCACUUGAGUGGGUACACUGCCUGCAGAACCCUUAAGUGGACUCCGGCUUUAGUUUUCAGCUGUUCUAAGAGCCCUCUGGAGUCCAGAUAAUGAAGAGCUUUAUCUUUUCUGGGAAAAACUGUCUCAGAUUUCAGCUUGGUUGUAUUUGGGGCAGAGGCAGCACAGCCGUGGUUCUUAAAGAACCCUCACCAGUUUGUUCUCUUUCCUUCUGGUAGUGAUGAGGUAGUUAAUUAAACCAGACCUUUGGUUCAGUGCCUCAUCUUGCCACCUCCUGGCCACACUGGGAAUGGGCACCAACUCCCUCCUCUAGCACCACGGUCCAUGGAAGUUCAUGCCAGCAGUUUUAGAAGAAAUGCUUCUGGCUCUACUUUUACAUUCUCUCUCAUUUCUAUACUAAUAUGUCACUGUUCUGGAUUAUCAGGUUUGAGGAAUAACUAGUGUUGGUAGUAUGUAACAUGAUUUGUGUGUCAAGGGGCACUGCCCUGGUUUCUCCUUUGGUUGCUGGCAAAUUCUGAAGCUAUAGGGAAAUGCACAGAAAGUGAAUGUUGUCUGUGAUCCUCCUUUAGAUGAUGAUGGCAGUCAAUCUGUAAAUAAAUAUAUAUAUAUAUACACAUAUAUAUAUUUACAUACUUCCAGGUGGGUUACAUAAGAAUCAGGUCCUUAAAUACCUCCCAAUUCGAUUAAAUGAUAGAAGGGAAUAAAGCAACAUUUUCUAGAAUGAAGAAACACAUUUUAUUUAUUUUUAUUUUUAUUUUUUGUCCAAGUGGUGAGCUGAUGGUAGUGUUGCUUCUCUGCAUGUUAUCAGUGUGAACAUCUAGGUGCUUUUCAUGUGACAUUUGUGAACCGCAAAUACAAUCUUUCCAUUUGAAUUCAGUCAGGCUCCAGGGUGGUAUCAGCCAAGGUCUCUCAGGUGGGGAAGAAACUGCCAAAAACAAACAGACAGUGUACCCUGACUGUCAUAUGCCCUCAGGCAGCAUGCUAAAGGACAAUUCUAUGUCCUGGGGGACAUCCAUGUCACAGUAUAGGAUUGCCAUUCAGGUGUUUUGUACCCAUUUCUUUUCUGAUGUUGUCCCCUUUUUUUGUACCGAUCCAGCUGGGAGAAACUCAGCCAAUGCUGGAAGUGUGAUUGAAGUACCUCUCUUUUGUGACUCUCUUGUACAGCUUAAUGUGCAAUAAAGGAAAAGUUAUAUCUGUCUUCA